UUGAGGCCACUGCCAUGUUCCGUUUUACAAAACAAGUUUUGAAAAACAGAUCAAAGCCCUCCUGCAGAGUGCAUGAGUCUAGCUAUUUGUCAAAACUCAGCAUCUCCAGAAGCCCACUGAACAGAUGCACUUGGCACUUUCCUCCUGUAUAUCAAACCAGGAAAGGCAGAUCAAGCCACUUGUUAGCUUUCCACCGGUCCCAGCCCCAUCUUCUCAUCACUGCCAUGAUUGGCUGCUGCUGGUUGGUGAAAAGUCAGGGGGCAGCAAAGUCAUAAGUAAGGUUUUACCAAUUACUUUGUUUAAUCAACCUGCAGGCAUGAAAUAAGGACACCACUAUUUGGCUUCCAGCCAAAACAGGCAAGCAGUGCAGAAUAGAUACCAGCAGUGGGGACAGAAAAUAUUACGCUGGUAUAGCUUUCUGCCAACUGGACAGAUAGCAUUUUAACAGACCCCAAAUCCAGCCCAAUUAGCCAAUGUUUCUGCAACAGUCUAUAGACUUUCUAAUGACCAUUGCAUGCUGUUACCUAGUCUUUUUAGGGGUCAUCAGUGACCUGUUCAAUUAAUAUGUUCACUCCCCAAACAGAUUUAAUACUUCCUAUUAGGACUCAAGAGCCACUCCUACUCUAAAGAAAUCUGCCAAAAGUUCCCAAUUUCCCAACAGCGACAAAGUAUGAUACUAAUCUAUACCAUUUCCUUACUGCCCCUGUGCAGUUCUUUGAAGGAAAAAAAAAGUCAAUUAUCUUGCAAGAAGCCAUCAAUCUCAAUCAUCCUGUAUUGUUUACUUCUACCUGUAAUGUACAUCCUUCUUUUUUUGGCUUUACCAGCCUUAUUUCCACUUCCCACGUGUGCACACACCGUCAUCAGGCUGGAAUGUUUCCAAGGACAACAGGUUGUCUCUCCAACCCCACCCUGCUAGAGAAUGUACCUGCCUGGGCAAAGGUCAGUGACUGUUGUAAGCCUAUCAGAUGAAGCAUCUGGUGUUAGACGGAAGAAGGAGGUGAAACUAGCACCUGUUACUUGAUAGGCAUACGUAGGCAGAGAAUGAAGAAGGCAGGUUUCAAUUUUAUCUUUGGACCAUACCCUAAAAACUGACCAUUAAGCAACCACAAUGGAAGAGGAAUAUGGCAUAAGGAUCCUAGGAAACCCAAGAAGACGGCCCAGGAAAAGAUUCUGGCAACAGCAUCUUCCAUGAUUAAUCAGCUGUAGGUUUCCUUACCCAGUAGCUUCAGUCACUAACAGUUGGAAACGAGAACCAGUUGGUGACAAGAGGCAGAUGCUGAUGAGGGACCAUGUGAGACUGGAACAGUGAAAGAAGCUUUCUUAUUGUGUGGGAUCUCUGCUUCAAUCAUCAGCUUUUGCUAGUACAAGAAGCAAAUGCUACUAAAAUGAAGACUUGUACCAAGAACCUAAGAAUUGGUGCAUGAUAUGAACACUCUUAUGCCAAAGAAGAGCCAACCUGUUGAAGACAUAGCCAAGACUGCAACAAAACCUAUAAGUGGAAUUCCUGAAAGGCAAGGAAUCAUUGACCCAGCACCUUGGAGCUAAGAUGCCAUAACAAGGACAGCACAUUGAAGGUAACACGAAAUUUAGACCAGUCCUUGAGGGCCUGCAUGGAAGAAGUUUCUUUACAAGGCAUGUGUGCAACCUUUCUGGAGUAGAUCAAUGUAAACUUUAUAAUCAAGUACUAAAGAGGUGUUUAACAGCCAAGGAAAUUAAUGCUUUACGAUCGUUGCUUGUGUUUCCAGUCUAAACGUUUUAAAAGUAGCUAUGGAUACUCCCUCCAUUCCCCCAACCCGAAAUUGCACCAAGGCAUUUUACACUGUAUGGCAAAACACGUUGAAAAAAGAUGGAAAAUACCACUUGACAGUAGAACAACUGCAGAUGUCUUCAAGGUGCCUUUGCAGUGGGCUGGAGAAAAGACAGAAGUGAUCUCAUGAAUACUGGCAGGAUCUGGGCGUGCUCAGAAGGGAGCUGCAAAAGCUGAAGCAGGUUUCGGCCUCAGCCAGAAAACUCUUCCAUUUCUGCUGUUCCCUUUCAACCGUUUCCAUCCAAGGGGGUGGGGGGGGAAGUGAUUUGGAUAGAAAUCAAAUAAAAGUUCAUUGCCUCUAUCCCUGGGAAAAUGUGUCAAGUACCCACCUUCCUCCUUGUUGCCAUCCUCCGGGCCAGUUGAAAGCAGCAGUUCCUGAGGCCCAUUGUUGCUGUAUAUGAGCCGGUUCAAUAUCAACCAUGGCAGAACUGGAGCACCUGAAUGAACCCAGGCUCCCAGCUCAUGCCAGCCGGAUCCAAAGGAACAUCCUGGAAGAGCAUGUGGAGCUAUGGUGGUUCCAGGAGCCCAAGAAGUCCCUUAUUUGCUAUGGAGUAGCAGUGGCCUUGAUCCUAGCCUGUGGGGUGGGUGGUAUUGCCCUGCUGUACAGUACUAGCAGUCGCUCUGGAGAGUGGAGGCUGGCAGUGGGCACAACACUCUGUCUGCUGGCACUCUUGGUACUACUGAAGCAGCUGUUAAGUUCUGCCAUCCAGGACAUGAACUGUAUUCGCAGACGGGAACAGGUGGAGUUGCUGAAGAGCGGUGGUGCCUCGGACUGUGCCGUGCUUCUACUGACAGCCUUGGUGCUGCUGGUGUGUGGCACUGUGCUCACAGCCAUCUCUACCACCAGUGUCAGCACUAACCCCCCAACCCCGCGCCCCUUUGCCAGCAUGUUUAUCAGUGGCAUUGUGCUUACAGCCGCUGGAGCAAUUAUUCUCUUCAGCCUGUUGUUCUAUUUGACAUGGACUUCCUGCCGUACAGCUACUCGUCAGAACCAGGGGGCUGCAAACAACAGUGCUAUUUUUACUGUAUCAGGACAUAUUUCGGCCAGUCAGCAAUUUCCUCCUACCUCCAGCAUGGCAAACUUAAUUUAACUAUCAAGGACAUAAUGGUGACUGCCUUCGACUCUGAGAUUGCUCUGACUUUAUGGUUGGAUUUGCCCUACAUGUCAUCUGACCCAACUUCAGCAACGUGAUAAAUUUUUCACCACAGAGCAGUUAUUCUCAGUCAGUAUUGAGGCCUGGCUUCUUGGCAAGAUGUUUGCUUUGGAGCACCGAGAGAUUCACAAGAUGUGUAAAUGAAGGAAAACAAAUGGGUAUCACUCUCAAGCGUGAUCCUAAGUAACUAAGGCAAUUUGAACACGCAGGGAAGCAUCUUUUUCUCUCUCAGCGGUUCCACUGAAAAUUCAUUUCAAUCUAACGUUGGUUUCUGAGGCAUUACUGUACCACCUAUUUCUUUUUUGCAUUCAAAAGGACUAGAAGCUUGCUUUUACAAAAAGGAAAGCCACAGCUCUGUAGAAAUUAAAUCAGUUUUAAGCUUAUGUGCUGUAAUAGUGAGAAACCCCAAAUGCACAAAGUCCUAUUUAGAACAACCAAAGUAGGAAUGCUAAAGAAUAACUAAGCUACAUAUUUCCAACGAAGUAUAUAUUCCUAGCCAGAACACUGAGGAUCAUGGCAAAAUACUCUAAGAUUCAGCUGCCAUGGCUACUGGAUGUAGACUAUAAAAAUCCAGGUGAUCACAAGAUGAUAGCAAUGAGUAGUAUUUGUAUAUUUCUUUUUGCUAUUUUCUAACAAUCCCGAAUGUUGUAACCCAGAGAUGGUAAUUAUGCCACUUGCCAUUAUUAUUUAUUUAUUUAUUAAAUUUAUUGGCCAUCCAUCUUAUCACAGACUAAUGGUACUUGAUAGGAAUAAUAUUUUCCAGGCUUAAGAUUUUGGUGUUCUUCAGUUUGGAAACAAGAUAAAGUCACCUAGUCAUUGGGAGUCAGGUGGCAUGUAACUUUCAUGAAUGUUUAUUAGUAGUAUUAUAAAAGGAAGUUUACAGGAGCAGCAUACUGUGUGAAUCCAGGGAAGCAUCAAUUCAUGCAAUAUAUGGAAAACAAAAGUUGUAUAGGUAUGCUGGUGUAUGAAGAAAUAAUACUUGGUUUACCUUUAAUAAUGGAAGUCCCUAGGUCUGAUUAUUUCAAGAAACAUCUUGCUCCAGACAAAGAGCAAAAUGGAGGUACAGCAUCUGCUGAUGAGGAGCUUUAUAAUAUCUGUCCCUUCCUGCAAUGCCAGCUUUCUCAACAGCAGUAAAAUAGCAAAGAAAGUCAGUAAAGUUUACUUAAAUUGUACUGUACAGGUAGUCCUCAACUUACAACAGUUCCUUUAGUGACUGUUCAAAGAGAAAACAGCACUGAAAAAGGUGACUUAUGAUUGUUUUUCACUUACGACCAUUGCAGUAUCCCCAUGGUCAGGUAAUCAAAAUUCAGAUGCUUGACAACUAGUUCAUAUUUAUGACGGUUGCCAUGCCCCAGAGUCAUGUGAUCAACUUUUGUGACCUGACAAGCAAAGUCAAUGGAAACGCCAGAUGAACAAUGUUACCAACUUAACAACUGCAGUGCUUCACUUAAUAACUGUGGCAAGAAAGUUUGUAAAAUGGGGAAAAAGUCACUUAACAUAUCUUACUUAACAACAUAAAUUUUGCGCUCUAUUGUGGUCAUAAGUCGAGGACUAUCUUAUGAACGGAAUGAUAUGUUUAAGAAAUGUGAGGAUGCUUGCAAAGAUGGGGGUCCUUUUAUCUCAACUAAACUACAAUACAGCUACGUUUCUAUUGUUUUUAAAUGAUUUUAGCACUUUCUACAAUACUGGAAGAAAAAAGAUGUUGCUUUGUUCAGCUUCUAAGCCCUUUUGAAAUGUAAUUUGAUUCAUGUGUGUAUCUUGAAAAUCAAAAUUAAAUAAGAUAAUAUAACAGCUUGUUGCUUCACCAGGUACCCCUCUACCUAUAGAUAGCUUACAAUCAGUUACCAUAUUACUAAAACUUAGUUCUCACAUACAAGCUUAUUCACUCAUCCUCAGAUGUUAUAGCAAUUUCCACUGGAAUUCAAAUGAAAAAACAUGUGGAGGAAUCUGCUGCUAUUCCCCACAUUCUGUGGCUCCUACUUUACCAAGUAUCAUUUUACAGCCAUAACCCAGGAUCCAUUCACACGUCUUCAAGAAACCUGGCUAUAGUUGUGAGCUAUGAAACUGUGAGGCAACCAUUCCCAUUUCAAAAGUUUACUGGAGUUGGAUAGCCAAUUAAUUUCCUCACAUUUAUGGCAUCAAAAGUAUCCUCACUUUGCACCUUACCAAAACAUGUGAAAAACCAGAGAAUAUGCAUUUUUUCCUUGCUAUAAACAUUAAAAGUUCAACAAGUUCAUUAAGGCUUUCUACAUUUGCUUGGGGGUUAGCUCCACUGAAUUUAGUGGGAAGAAUAUAAAAUUAAAAACAAUCCGGACACAUGUUAUGCCAAAAGUCAACAAUAUUCCCUUCUAACCUUUCCAACAGAGUGGCUCUAAGCAAGGUUUUCUAUGUCUGCUAGACAUUUGGGACUUUUUAGGAUUUUAAUGUAAACCCUUUCUAGUUUCUUUAAAUUCAUAAUUCCAAUUUCAGACAAAACUGAAGCCUAAUUCUAGAAUAAAAAUAUUUAUAUAAUUGAGGGGAGGGAGCAUAUCUCCACCCUUUAGCCAACAUCUUCAUCUUACUGUCCUAUUAAUAUGGUCUCUCUUUCUAUCUCCCUCAGGUGGAAAACUAGUAGACAUCCUAAAAACCUAAUUUCUUUCUGGUUUCAGAG